AUGUGUAUACAAUUACUGUUGCAAUCGUUUUAUAAAAUUGUUUGUAAUAAAUGGAAUGCAGGGAAUAUUUAUGAUUCUCGAUCAUUAGAUCCAUUAAUUAUUCGUCGUGAAAUCUUAUCAACUCGUCUUUAUAUUGUUCUUGUUAUUAUUUCUCUUAUUACUUUAACAAUAUAUUCUUCAUUAAGUAAUCGAAUCGAAAAUAAAACUGUAAUAUUACCAAGUCAAUCUAUUUAUGAAAAUCUUCAAAAGAAAUAUGCUACUAGUUUACAGUGCCCAUGUACAAAAAUCUCGAUUCCUUAUGGAGAUUUUAUUAAAAUAAUUCCAUUGUUUCAUCAAGUAUGUUCAAGUGAUUUUAUUUCUCAACAAUGGAUCAAUUUUAUAUUUCAAGCAAAUUCAACAUUUAUUUGGCCAAUAGAUGUACGAACAAGUCUGAGUGCAAUGUGGCAAUUAAUACGAACAUUCUGUCAAAGUUCAAUAAAUAUAACUACAGAUGCACUUGAUCAAUUUAAUAAUUCCCCAUUAGUUAAUACAAUGUUAUUGACUGAAGGAUUAUUAGAAGCAAAAAUUCAAGCUGCUCUUUAUUUAUUACGUCAAACAGCAUCAUCUACUCUAAUACAACCAAUGACAAUUGUUCAUAAAGUCACACAAGCAAAUCAAUUAGUAACAGGAUUAUUAACAAAUUAUGUUGCUGUAACAAAAAACUUUGGACUAAUGCAAGAUCGUGAUUCGUAUGUCGAUAUUGGUUAUAUGAAUGUAUCUCUUUAUACGGGAACAUUUGGAAACAAAUAUAUAUUAGAAAAUUCAUCACUAGUUUGUUCUUGUCAAAAUAAUGGUUCAUGUCCUUUACCUGGAUAUCUUUAUUUAUAUAAAAUUUUUGAAACUUUUGGAAUCUAUGAUUUAAAUAGAAUUGAAGCAAAUGAAACAUUAUCUGGUAUAAUAAUUGAUUGUUUACCAUCUCAAAUGACACUUUCAUCAUCAUUAGAAUGUUUUUAUAAUCAAUCAUGUUUAAAUAUUCUUUUAUCAUCUUAUAAAAAUUCAUUAAAUAUUGCAAUUCUUAAUCAAUCUUUAUCAAGUCGUUUUCUUUCAACAACAAAAAUUGAAUUACUUAUCAAUGAACUUUUUCUUGAAGAAAUGUUUAAUCAAACAAAUUAUACAAAAUAUUAUUCACAAUGUUUACCCAAGUCUUGUCAAUAUAUUUACAUACAUCGUUUUUAUUGGAUUAAUGUUCUUACAAUUUUUAUUGGUCUUCUUGGAGGAAUAACUACUGUACUACAUAUAGUUACUCCAUAUAUCAUUCGAUUAAUUUUAUGUAUUAAAAAACGAUGUGCUUCAAAGAAAUACGAGGAAGUUACACAAAAAACUCCAUUUCGGCCAAAAGAAUUUUUUCUCAAAGUCAAAGAUAAAAUCAUAACUUUUAAUUUAUACAGUAAAUAUUCUCGUGAUCCAGUACGUGUUUAUCAUGGUGUUUUAGCAACACGAUUAUAUAUUAUUUUAUUAUUGGUUUCAGUAUGUAUUAUUAUUUUAUUUUCAUAUUCAUCAAAUCAAGUAUUUAAUGAAACCAUUAUAAAUCCAUCUGAACAAGAAUAUGAAAAGUUAGAAGAAAAAUAUUCAUUAACAUUAACAUGUCCAUGUACGCAAAUAUCUAUACCUUAUGAAGAUUUAAUAACAAUCGAAGUAAAAUAUCAUCAGAUAUGUACAAGUGAUUUUAUUCAACCAUGGUGGUACCAAAGUUUUCUUCCGCAUAAUAAUUCUGACGAGUAUGCAAUUGAUUUUUUAUCAUUUGCUCCAUCAUAUUUUCAAACAUUAGAAACAUUUUGUGAUAUUGCUAAAAUAAUAAUCAAUAAUGAAAUUAAUCGAUUUUUAACAACAACAUUUGUUCAUGCUCAAAUUUUAACAAAUAAUAUAUUUAAUUCCCAAAUAAAUUCAUCAAUAAAUACAUUUAUUCAAUUAACACAAACUGAAUAUCGUUAUCGAAUGUCUUUAACGAAUGGAUUACUUCAUAGUAAUCAAUAUUUAAGUCAUAUGGUAGCAAGUACUGCUCUAAACACAAUGUUAUUGGACCGGUCAGAUGGAACACAUACUAUAGAGAUCAAUACAGAUGCUCUGUAUACUCUCAAUGCAAGUGAUGAUAUAUGUUAUUGUGUUCUAGAUUCAACAUGUAAUAUAGAUAAUAUCUAUUUUGGUAAUAAUAAUAAUGAAUAUAAGUCGUCAAUUGAUUGGCAACCUGAUGGUAUACAAGUUGGCUGUUCGGUUAUGGAUUCUGUAUUAAAAUCAUCAUUGAUGUGUUGGUUUGAAAACACUUGUUUAAAACAAUUACGAAUACUUGUUAAUACAGCAAACCUUCCAAUACUUCCAUCUAUAACUCCACUUGAUUCAACAUUAUCUAGUCAAUAUUUUCCAAAUACAUCAAUUGAAUUAAUUUUUAAUGAAAUUAUGAUUGAAGAAUGGAAUUACUCUUCACCAUAUUCAAUCUAUUAUCAAAAAUGUAAACCUUCAUUUUGCUCGUUUACUUAUAAGAAAAAGACUAGUAUUAUUUAUAUAAUUACUAUUAUUAUCAGUCUUAUUGGUGGAAUUAAUGUUCUUCUUCGAUUAUUUUCUCCAUUUAUAAUUAAGAUUAUUUUUAAAUUUAUUCAUCGAUUAAAACGCAAAAAUUCACCGCAAAUCUCGACUAUACAAGAAGAAAAUCAUCAAAAUGUUGGAAUUUGUAAUAUUAUAAGGAAUCAAAUGAUUCGAUUAAUAGAUAAAUUUUUAAUGAUAAAUCUAUUUGAUAGUGAAUCAGAUAAUAUUGAAACAAUGCGUCUUGAACGAAUAUCAACAAAACUUUAUUUAUUAAUUUUUUCAAUUUGUAUAUAUAGUAUAACAGUAUAUAUAGUAUUUACGGAUACAACUAUAGAUCAAUCUUUUGCAAAUCCUUCCAAAAAUGAUUAUAAUAAUUUAUUAAUAUCUCAUUCGAAAUCACUUGAUUGUCCUUGUAAUAAAAUAUCAAUUGCAUAUAAAGAUUUUAUAGAAAUUAACACAACAUUUCAUGAAAUAUGUUCAAGUGAUUUUGUUAAUAUAAAAUGGAUUAAUUAUUUAUUUUAUCAAGGAUAUUGGUUUGAGUAUGAACGACGUGAUAUUCGUGAACGUGGUAGUGCAUAUUUUUUAUUUCUUUCAAAUUUAUGCAACAUUUCUCAAACGACAAUUAAUAAUGCAAUUGAACAAUCUCUUAAUGAAAUAUUUAUCAAUACUAAAUUAAUAUCUGAAUCUGAAUUUUAUAUUCAAAUUGAAAAUAUUAUUUUACAAUUUCAAAACGAAACUUUAACAAAAUUUUCUCAAAGUUUGAAACUUCUACGGAAUAUAAUGAAUGGAAAUGCUUUUGUAUCUUCAUAUUUUUUAAAUUGGUAUUGGUGGAGAGACAUAAAUAGUACUAUUACAAUAAUUCCAACUAGUCCAAUAAUAAUGGAAAAUGGAUGUUCAUGUGGAACACAAAGUGAUUGUAUUGAUGCAGGAGGAAUUUAUUAUGAUACAAAUAAUGAUCAAGCAUUUGCAAUGCCUGGAUUGCAUAUUGGUUGUUCAGUUGUAGAAACAUUAUUGCAGUCAACAUUUGAAUGCUUAUAUAAUCAAACAUGUAUUGAUUUAUUAUUACAUUAUAUGACAAGUAUACAAAAUCGAUUUCCUUAUCGAAUGAAUAUAUCUACUAUUAAUUCAGCAACUGUGAGUCGUUUUAAAACAAAUACAUUGAUCCAAACUAUAGCAGAUGAAUUAUUUAUUGAAAAAUGGAAAAUCAAUAGUUCUUAUUCAUUAUUUUAUAAUCAAUGUGCUCCUGCUUAUUGUUCUUAUAAAAUUCAAAAAGAUGAUUAUGCUAUUUAUAUUAUAUCGAAAAUUUUAGGUUUAUAUGGAGGAUUAACUGUUUCUUUACGAUUUAUUAUUCCAACUAUAACUAAAAUAAUAUUUAAUAUUAUUAAACGAUGUCGAAAUAAUAUAAUUAUUCCUAAUGAAUAG